AUGGCCGCCCUCUUCAGCCAGACGACUCGCAACGUCGACCUCAGCAAGUCGGAAACAGAGCUGGCGACCAACAUCCGCAAAGCCACGUCGAUAGAAGAGUCGGCGCCCAAACGGAAGCAUGUACGAGCCUGCAUCGUCUAUACCUGGGACCACAAAAGCAGCCAAAGCUUCUGGAAUGGUAUCAAAGUCCAGCCCAUCCAAGCCGACGAGGUCCAGACCUUCAAGGCGCUCAUCACCGUCCACAAAGUGCUGCAGGAAGGCCACCCGAUCGCACUCAAAGAAGCACAGGCGCAUGUGUCAUGGCUGGAGAGCUUGACGAGAGGCAUGAUGGGCGGCGCGGGCGGAGACGGCAUGCGAGGCUACCAACCGCUGAUCCAAGAGUACAUCUUCUACCUCGUCUCCAAGCUGCGCUUUCACCGCGAUCAUCCCGAGUUCAACGGCACCUUCGAGUACGAGGAGUACAUCAGCUUGAAGUCGAUCAAUGACCCGAACGAGGGCUACGAGACCAUCUCCGACUUAAUGAACCUGCAGGACCAAAUCGACAGCUUCCAGAAGCUCAUAUUUGCGCACUUUCGCAGCAGUAACAACAAUGAGUGCAAGAUCUCGGCGCUGGUGCCGCUGGUGCAGGAAAGCUAUGGCAUCUAUAAGUUUGCGACGAGCAUGCUGCGGGCUAUGCACACAACCCUGGGCGAUGAUGAGGCACUAAGUCCGUUAAGAGGCCGAUAUGAUGCGCAACACUACCGGCUAGUGCGCUUCUACUACGAAUGCUCGAACCUGCGGUACCUCACCUCUCUCAUCACCGUACCGAAGCUGCCGCAAGAUCCGCCAAACUUGCUGGCAGAAGACGAGGCAGCACCGGCAUUGCCCGCGAGACCACGAAACGAACCAGUAACGAAGCCAGCCACCCCGCCUGUGCGCAAACCCGAAAAUCCGGAUCCGGAGCCCAUCAAUGAAUUUUGGAAGAGUGAGCAGGCGCGGCAACAGGAAGAGUACGCAGCCGAGCAGGCGAGAUUGCAGGCACAAUGGGAAGAGGCGCAACGGCAGCAGCAGGCACAAGCAAUGCAAGCACAGCGAGAUUUCGAGGAGCAGCAACGGUUGCAGGCAGAGCAACAGAGACUGCAGCUUGAGCAGCUACAGCGCCAGCAGUAUGCGGAACAGACACAGGGCAGGAUGGCGGAGCUGGAGCGGGAGAAUCUGAACGCUCGAGCGCAGUAUGAGCGCGACCAGCUAAUGCUCGAGCAAUACGAUCGGAGAAUGAAGGCUUUGGAAACGGAGCUACAGCAGCUGAACGCCAACUUCCAGCAGCAAUCGCAAAGCAAAGACGAUCAGAUUCGCGCGUUACAGGAGCAGGUCAAUACUUGGCGGACAAAGUACGAAGCGUUGGCCAAAUUGUACAGUCAGCUACGGCACGAGCACCUUGAGCUACUGCAGAAGUUUAAAGGUGUGCAGCUGAAGGCAGCGAGCGCCGGCGAAGCCAUCGAGCGGAGAGAAAAAUUGGAGCGUGAGUUGAAGACGAAGAACCUAGAGCUGGCAGACAUGAUCCGAGAACGAGACAGAGCAUUACACGAGAAGGACCGAUCGCAGGGCGGGCAUAAGGACGAGCUCGAGAAGCUUAGGCGGGAAUUGCGAAUGGCGCUGGACCGGGCAGACAAUGCAGACCGCGCGAAGGGAAGUGAGCUGAGCGCCAUGCUGUCACGGCAUAACCGCGAAAUCGCAGACCUCGAAGAAGCGCUUCGCAACAAGACCAGGUCACUGGACGACGUGCGCUCCAAGCUUGGCGAAGGCAGCUCAGAUCUGGAACGACAACUGCGCGAGAAGGAAGAGGAGCUCGAGAUCUACAAGUCCGGCAUGGACCAGACACUACUUGAGCUCGACGAACUUCGAAACAGCAACGGUGCUACCGACAACGCCAUGGACGAGCAGAUUGAUGUUAUGCUUCUAGACAAUAUACGCAAGAUCAACGAUAUCAUUGACUCUGUGCUGCAGUCCGGGGUGCAGAGAGUGGACGACGCCCUGUACGAGCUCGACAGCAGUAUGCAAGCCGGUAAUCAGAAUGCUUCUGGUCCAUACGUGCUAUCUCAGAUCGAGAAGGCACAGGCGACGGCCAUGGAGUUCAGCACCGCAUUCAACAACUUCAUCGCCGACGGGCCGAACAGCACACACGCCGAAGUCAUCCGGACAGUGCACGCUUUCUCCAACGCCAUAGCCGACGUACUGUCAAAUACCAAAGGCCUUACCCGCUUCGCCAGUGACGACAAGAAAGGCGACCAACUAAUAUCUGCCGCUCGCCGCAGCGCAAGUAGCACCGUCGACUUCUUCCGAGGCAUUAUGUCCUUCCGCCUUGAAGGCCUUGAAGACCUGCAAAAGACGGACGUUGUCAUCAACAAGAACAACGACGUGCAAAUCGCGCUAAACAACCUCAGCAAACUCGCCGACGCUUUUGCGCCAAAAACGAAGCUCACAUCCACCUCUGGCGACUUGGGCGAACUGGUGGACAGAGAAAUGACCAACGCAGCCAAAGCCAUCGACGCCGCUACCGAGCGCUUGACGAAGCUGAUGAAUAAGCCGAGAGACCACUAUAGCACGUACGAACUCAAGAUCCACGAUAGCAUCCUGGAAGCGGCGAUUGCGGUCACGAAUGCUAUCGCACAGCUCAUCAAAGCAGCAACUGCAUCACAACAAGAAAUCGUGUCGCAAGGCAGAGGCUCAAGCAUGAGUCGCACACAAUUCUACAAGAAAAACAACCGAUGGACCGAAGGUCUCAUCUCCGCCGCCAAAGCCGUCGCACGAAGCACGAACAUGCUCAUUGAGACCGCCGACGGCGUGAUCAGCGGCCGCAACAGUCCCGAGCAGCUGAUCGUGGCCUCCAACGACGUCGCCGCGAGCACGGCGCAGCUCGUCGCCGCUUCGCGAGUGAAGGCGAGCUUCAUGAGUAAGAGUCAGGAGCGGUUGGAAGAGAGUUCUAAGGCGGUGACGAAUGCGUGUCGGAGUUUGGUGAGGCAGGUGCAGAAGAUUAUUGAGAACAGGCAGCGGGAUGGGGAGGAGGAUGUGGACUAUGCCAAGUUGAGUGGGCAUGAUUUCAAGGUUCGGCAGAUGGAGCAGCAGGUUGAGAUCUUACAGUUGGAGAACUCGCUUAGUGCGGCACGGCAUCGGUUGGGUGAGAUGCGGAAGAUUUCGUAUCAGGAUGAGGAUUGA